AGUAUUAAAUUAGGACAGCCGGCCACAGUGGUCAAUGCCUAAUAAUAUCAAAGCAUCUGUAGAUGCUCAUCAAUCCACACCAGUGGACUAUGUUGAAACAUUUCAGAUUGUGGCUAUGCUAAAGAUGUGCAUGCAAUUAUUAGGGCUAGUUCGGCAUACUGAAAGUGAAUCUAAGAGAAACAAGCUGCUCGGACGAGAUGCCAAUCAAGCUCCUGAUUCCUUAUCGUUGGACUACAGUACACAGUCCAAAAGUAUUCUUGUGAGGAUAGUUCAUGCAGGUGGGCAAGAGGAGCUGUUUCCAAAUGCAAUUCCUGCAUCUCUGCUGAUGGACAAAUAUCCUGGGAAAUGUGUUGCCCGCCCAGAAGUUUUCAAAAAGCCUCAGGAGUCCCUCUUAAGGCCAGACGAGAGCCUAUUGCCUGGUCAGAAGUAUUAUAUAAUACCAUGUACAACAGCACAGAAACUUAAGCGUCAACAGCAGAAGAAGGUGAAGGCCAAAGAACGUGCUGAAGAUGAAGAGAUGAUUCUGGAUGGAAAGAUCACUGUGGAUUCGGAAGGGGAAGACACUGAUGAUUCUAUUUGCUCCGCCAGUGACUUCGUCUCCAAGGAAAAGAGACCAAAAUCUUCAAGGAGGAGGGGAAUUAGAGGAAGAAAGCCGUUUGUACCUCCCCUCCCAAAGGUCAGAUCUGGUAGAGGAUUUGGAUGGGAGCCUAGUCUCACUUCUGUACAAGAAGUGUCUCCAUGACUUUCUUUAUGCUAUCAAUCUGUCGUUGGUA